GAUUUGGAAUUGCAGGGGAUAUACCAAAAAUCAAGAAAUUCAUAAAUGCAUAAUCUACAUUAAAAGCUUGCACUAAGGUGGAUGUAACUCUAUGAAAAGGUUCUAUGGCUCAGGCUAAUUAGUAUUACAGGUUAGAGUAAUGCACUUGACAUUCAAGGGCUUGUCUACAUAACAGGGUGUUGAUCAUCUUUGCCUGGCUUGUGUACAUUAGUAGCAAAACUAAUUCUGAUGGGGUGUCAUUUUUUUUCCUUUUUUGGAGAUGCUGGCAUUACUAUUUCCAAGUAAGCUAAACAUGAAGGAGCACCUCCGAUUAGAGUCCAGAUUGAGUAUGAGAGCAUGGAAAGAAAACCCUAUUAGGGUUUGUGCCCGGCGUAUGGGAUAAUGCCUAAAGUCUGUUGUGGAAGAGAUUUGUGAAUGUAAGGCAAAUGAAAGACAUCAGGGUGGGGAAUCUAGGGAGAGGAUAAUAGUAUUUAAACCGUUAAGCAUACAGAGCCUCUCAGUCAGCAACAUUAGACAGUCACUGCUACUUCCCCCCCACUGGUGGGUGUAUUAGAGAUAUGCACUGCUCUUGCAUGCUCAGUACUCAGUGAGACUGGUUGAGAGGACAUGACAACCACGUUCAAGCUUAAGGGAAGGAGGCGAAGCCUUUUCCCCAAUUGCAAGCUUGGGGCCGCAACCCCUUCUCCCUGUGAUCCAGUGGAGGAGGUUGAGCUUCCAUUUGCCCAGCAAAACUGGCUGAAGCCAUGGAAUUCAAUGCAGGAACUCAGCCGAAAUAUCUAUAACCUUGAAGAAGAGUAUGAUGAAGACUAUGACAAGGUUUUACCACCCCCUGUACAGAUAUCCUCUCCAGCUAAAAACUACAUGCUGAACAUCAAUGUAGGUGGUAAGGUUUACCAGAUAUCUUACAGGGUGGCAGCCAGAUAUCCUAAGACCAGAAUUGGUCGUCUUGCGACAUACACAGACCAUAACAGAAAGCUUGACCUCUGCGAUGACUACGUUGUCCAGAAUAACGAAUUUUUCUUUGACCGAGAUCCGGAUAUCUUUCACACCAUCUUCAAUUUUUACCGGACUGGGGUUCUUUGGAUAAAAGAUGAGUUGUGUCCUCGCAACUACUUGGAGGAAAUCAACUACUGGGGCGUCCGAAUCAAGAAUACUCACCGCUGUUGCCGAAUCUCAUUUGAAGAACGACAAGACGAGCUGAACGAGCAGCUGAAAGUGCAGCGUGAGCUGCAAGCUGAAAUUGAGGUGGAGGAAAACGAAGCGCUGUUCAGAGGAAUGGCUUUCGGGCAUACACGUCACAAAAUUUGGAACCUCAUGGAGAAACCUUUCUCUUCAGUCACAGCCAAACUUAUGGCUGUGGCUUCCAGCUUGUUUGUGUUGGUGUCAUUGGUGGCCAUGACCCUUAACACGGUAGAGGAGAUGCAGUACACAAUGCCAACUGGCCAGCUUAGUGGGAAAACCUAUGCAGAGUACGUGGAAACCUUCUGCCUUACAUUCUUUACAGUGGAGUACCUGCUCCGGCUUGUGUCCACACCAGAUCUCAAACGCUUUGUGAGGAGUAUGCUGAAUGCCGUGGACCUGAUAGCCAUCCUCCCGCUGUAUCUCCAGAUGAUCCUGGAGUGCUUUGAAAACGAGGACCUUAAGAAACAUGGCAGUGACAUUGAGACAGUAGGGCGGGUUGGGAAAGUGGGACAGGUGCUGCGUAUCAUGCGUCUCAUGAGGAUCUUCCGCAUUCUGAAGUUGGCCCGACACUCCACCGGAUUGCGAGCCUUCGGCUUCACGCUCCGUCAGUGUUAUCAGCAAGUUGGCUGCCUUUUCCUUUUCAUUGCAAUGGGAAUUUUCACCUUCUCUGCCAUGGUUUACACUGUGGAGCAUGAUGUCCAUCAGACAAACUUUACUAGUAUACCUCAUGCAUGGUGGUGGGCAGCUGUGAGUAUCUCCACAGUGGGCUACGGUGACAUGUUCCCAGAGACGGCCCUGGGUAGGAUUUUUGCGUUUGCCUGCAUCUCAUUUGGGAUCAUUCUGAAUGGCAUGCCUAUUUCCAUCUUAUACAACAAGUUCUCAGACUAUUACUCCAAGCUGAAAUCCCAUGAAUACACCUCCACUGUGAAGGCACGUGGCAAGGUGAGGUUUGCCAAAAGAGCUGUCAGGACGUUUGUAGAGUGCUGUGACAAAUCCUGACACUAACCCACGAGACAUUCUAGCAAGAGAAGUCCUGCCAAGUGUUACACAUGGAGGGGAACAAAACAAUGAAAAGAAAAAGAAUCAAGUGAUUUCAGUACAAAAGAAACCAGGAGUGUGGUUCAUUUCAAUUGUAUUUCAACUAUGGCCAUGUCAAAUAAAAACCCAUCACAAAUGGAACACUAAUUUUCGGAAUAAACAUUGAGAGGCACGCUUAUUAUUGCAAUUGCUGCUAAGAAUCAGCAUUUUUUAGAUUUCUCUCAGUAUAUAUACUAAACUAAAUUCAUUAAUCUUGCU